AUGGGUUGGAGUCAGAUCCAAAUAAGAGUAGAUAACCAUACGAACGUCGAGAAGAAGAAGAGAGAAGGUAGGCCCAAUAAGCGAUCGGAGCAUUUGGUGGGUAAUCACGUUAAAACUCGAGCGACUGCAGCUAGGGAAGCGGCGGCGGUUGGUGUUGAGCCGAAGCAACAAAAGAAGCCGAGGCUGCCGACUAAGAAGAAGAAAGAGUGUUUAGCAAAACAAUAUGUGGUUGUCAUUUCUGAAGCAGAGGAGGAUAAAAAGCAAACAGAGGAAACCGGAGAAGAGACAUUCAAAGUAGCAAUGGCGGAUGUUCAAGUAGGUGGAUCACCUCAAUAUAAGGUUGAAAGAAAAUUAGGGAAAGGUGGAUUUGGUCAGGUAUUUGUUUGUCAUCGUGUAUCUGGUGGAACUGAUCGCAUAUCAGGUCUUGGUGCUACAGAGGUAGCUCUUAAGUUUGAGCAUAGAAACAACAAAGAAGUGGAUUUGUUUUUUCUUGGUGAAACAAUACUAUGGGUGGGAGUCAUGGAGUGCCUAAAGUUCAUUAUAAAGGAAAACAAAUACAUUACUAUGUUAUGGUCAUGGACAUGUUGGGGCCUAGUUUUUGGGAUGUUUGGAAUUCUUAUGGACAAACCUAGGGAAGGUAGGCCCAAUAAGAGAUCGGAGCAUUUGGUGGGUAAUCACGUUAAAACUCGAGCGACUGCAGCUAGGGAAGCGGCGGCGGUUGGUGUUGAGCCGAAGCAACAAAAGAAUCCGAGGCUGCCGACUAAGAAGAAGAAAGAGUGUUUAGCAAAACAGUAUGUGGUUGUCAUUUCUGAAGCAGAGGAGGAUAAAAAGCAAAUAGAGGAAACCGGAGAAGAGACAUUCAAAGUAGCAAUGGCGGAUGUUCAAGUAGGUGGAUCACCUCAAUAUAAGGUUGAAAGAAAAUUAGGGAAAGGUGGAUUUGGUCAGGUAUUUGUUUGUCAUCGUGUAUCUGAUGGAACUGAUCGCAUAUCAGGUCUUAGUGCUACAGAGGUAGCUCUUAAGUUUGAGCAUAGAAACAAUAAAGGUUGCAGUUAUGGUCCUCCAUACGACUGGCAAGUUUAA